CUCGUCCCAUCUCUGGUCGCAAUCAUUGUUCUCGGAGAUUCAGUCGUCUCAGCCAUCAUGUCGCACACUCUGUCACAAAAAUACCUGAGCACGCGGGGUGCCUCCUACGGCCUCUCCUUCGAGGAUGUCGUUAUGAAGGGGCUGGCCGCCGACGGCGGUCUCUUCGUCCCCGAGGAGAUCCCUGCUCUCCCCGCCAACUGGGAAUCCGAAUGGCGCGAUUUGAGCUUCGAGGAGUUGGCCUUCCGUAUCAUGUCCCUGUACAUCUCCGAGUCCGAAAUCCCUCGUGAAGACCUCAAGGACAUCAUCAACCGUUCCUACGCCACCUUCCGCCACUCAGAGCGCACUCCCCUCGUCGAGCUGGAUGGAAAGCGCAACCUGCACCUCCUCGAACUAUUCCACGGCCCCACCUUUGCCUUCAAGGAUGUCGCCCUCCAAUUCCUCGGAAACCUGUUCGAAUACUUCCUGGUGCGCAGGAACCAGGGCAAGGAGGGCAAGGACAGACACCGCAUCGUCGUCAUCGGUGCGACGAGUGGAGAUACCGGCUCUGCCGCCAUCUACGGCCUGCGCGGCAAGCAGGACGUGUCUAUCUUCAUCCUGUACCCCGAUGGCAAGGUCUCCCCCAUCCAGGCCGCCCAGAUGAGCUCCAUCCUGGACCCCAACGUCCACUGCCUCACUGUCGAGGGCUCCUUCGACGACUGCCAGGACUUCGUCAAGGCUCUCUUCGCGGACCCCGAACUGAACUCCACCCACAACCUCGCCGCCGUCAACUCCAUCAACUGGGCUCGAAUCCUGGCCCAGAUCACCUACUACAUCCACUCUUACCUCGCUCUGACCAAGACCCCCGGCUUCUCCAAGGAGUCCAAGAUGCGCUUCGUCGUCCCCUCGGGCAACUUCGGGGACAUCCUCGCCGGUUGGUUCGCCAAGCGCAUGGGUCUCCCCGCCGACAGACUGGUCAUUGCCACCAACGAGAACGAUAUCCUGGACCGUUUCUUCCGCACCGGCGGCUCCUACACCAAGGGCGACUCCAAGGGCGCGGGUGUCAAGGAAACCCACAGCCCCGCCAUGGACAUCCUGGUCAGCAGCAACUUCGAGCGUCUCCUCUGGUUCCUGGCCUUCCAGACCAGCGAUGCCAGCACUGCCGACGAGCAGCGCAAGCAGGCUUGCGAGAGCGUCAGCAGCUGGCUGAACCAGCUCAAGACCGAGGGCGGCUUCAACGUCCCCAAGGCUGUCUUCGAGGGCGCCCAGGCCGAGUUCGAGAGCGAGCGCGUGAGCAACGACGAGACCAUCGCCCAGCUCCGCUCCACGUACCAGACCUCCUUCCCCUCCAACCUUGGCCCCGGCAGCGCCAAGAGCUCCAAGACCGGCGGCUACAUCCUCGACCCUCAUACUGCCAUCGGCGUCGCCGCCUCUCUGCGCUCCAUCGAGCGCAACCCGGGCGUCAGCCACAUCUCUCUCUCCACCGCCCACCCCGCCAAGUUCGCCAGCGCCGUCGACCUGGCCCUCACCGGCGAGGACGGCUACGACUUCUCCGAAGUCCUGCCCAAGGAGUUCAUCGGCCUGGAGCAGCGCGAGAAGCGCGUCACCCCCGUCGGGCCCGGUGCCGGCUGGCAGCAGGUCCGCGAGCUCGUCAAGAACGAAGUCGAGCAGGAGUUGCAGGGUAAGAGGUAACAUAUGCUACCACAAUAGAAUAAUCGUCUCUUCUUCCGUUGCAUUUUCCUCUCUACAAAUCCCAUUACAAUAUCCACUUUCCAAUUUCCGUCUUAUAAUACCACCGUCCAACACGGUGUGAGAUUUCUUUUUGGACCGAACAAAAGCUAUAUCGAUGAUAUGACACGAUCUUCAGGUGUAUCCACGCCCUUUCGUUCUCUUUCAUAAACGCUAGAUCAUAGAUACAUACAUGCUGGUUAUCCCGUGUCAUUAAUGCAUUUCUGG